AUGCCCGCUCCGGUAGACAUCUCGACAAGCGUCUCGGCUCUUGAUCUCGACAGUGAAAAACAAUACCCUGCCGUGACAUCGGCUCCAAAAGAUGGAUUGGUCCAUCAGAAGCAAACCGAGGAUGAACGGGCUGCGUUCCUGGCCACCUUCACAUUGGAGGAGGAGAAGAAGAUCCUGCGCAAGAUCGACUACCACUUUCUGCUUCUCUUGGGCCUGAUGCACAUGACCAAGAGCAUCGACACGGCCAGUGCCGCAUCCGUCAAGGUGUUGCAAGUCGGCCAACCCUCCAACAUCCUCAAGGAGCUUCAUAUGACCGCGGAUCAGUACAACUGGGUUCAGACGUUCUAUUACUUCGGAUACAUCUUCUUCGAGGCGCCCAUGGUGGCUACGAUGAAGAAAAUGCUUCCCCAUCGCUACUAUGCUCGGAUCUUGGUGUCUUGGGGCACCAUUCUGGCCUGCCAUGCCGCUCUCAAGGGCAAAGAGGGCUUCUACACAGCCCGAUUCUUCAUGGGUCUGAUGGAGGCGGGGCUUCUGCCGGGGCACUUCGCCCAACUGGUCAGCUGGUACCGCACCGAAGACAUGCACAAGCCUGUCAUGUGGUAUACUUGCCUGCAAAACUGCUCCGGCAUCAUUGGAUCGUUGUUAGUGUACGGCGUCAGCUACCUGGACGGUCGGUGCGGCAUGAGUGCAUGGAGAUGGGUUUUCCUCAUUGAGGGCGUGGCUACUAUUGCUUUCGGCAUCGUCGUCUACUUCCUGUGGCCGGACUAUCCCAAGUCCAAAACAAGCGCCCGCUGGCUCAGCGAGCGUGAACAGGACUUCAUCGAAGCCCGUCUGUCGGAAAACGCGCCACGCACGGCGGAACCGGCGUUCAGCUGGCAAGAAGUGCGACAGUCCCUCACCGACCCCAUGACAUGGCUCUUCACCGGUUGUCAGGGCUUUGUCAAUCUCGGCGGCUUCGGACUGACGUGGUAUACGCCGACCAUCGUCACCGACCUGGGCUUUGCCAAACUGCCGCGGAACCAGCUGCUCAUCAUUCCGCCUUCUGCAGCAGCCGUGCUGGCCUGCAUCUUUGCCGGCUGGUUUAUGAAGAAAGGCUACAUCACGCGUCCGCUGUUCGCCAUGCUUGAUCUCUCAUGUAUGGUGGUCUGCUUCAUCCUCUUCUUCACCAUCUCUUCCCGAGGCGGCAUCUACGCGGCCUGCAUCAUCGCCACCGCCUUCUACUGGAUGUAUUUCCCCAUCUUCUACCCAUGGCGCACUGCCAACCUGCGCGGUGCGACGCGGACGGCCGUCUCGAUUGGCAUUUCAAAUGGCCUCGCUCAGUGCGGCGGUGCCAUUGGCCCACAACUCUUUCGGUCGAAAUGGAAACACAACCGCUACCGCAACAGCUUUGCCAUCUGUGCGUCCUUCGUCAUCACCGCCUGGUUUGUCAAUGCUUACACCUGGUGGGUCACGAGAAACGUCGAGUGUGAUGUCCAGCGCAUCAGGCAUCGGCGGAAAGAGGCGGCAAAGGAAGGCAGGGUUCUGAAUGACGAUGACAUCAAGGUCUUUGAGGAACGACAGUUCUAUCAAGGUUUGCACCGAAAGACUGACGGCUGA